AUGCAUCCUGCUGCCGACUGGAUUAAGAUUAGCGUUGACGGUUCAACCCUUAGUAACCCUGGCCCUUCGGGAGGUGGCGGUAUUGCUAGAAACCAUGACGGCGAGUUCCUUUUUGCCUUUUCAUCGGGCUACAGCUUCAACUCAAAUGGCAAGGCUGAAAUCAGGGUGAUAUGGGAAGGACUAUCAUGCUGUCAGGGUCUUGGUUACAUUAAGGUGGAAGUAGCUAGCGACUCAAAAUCAAUGGUCGAGUCCCUCAACAAUAUUAAGGACACCCCUUCAUGGCCUAUGUGGUACUGGUGGUCAAGAACAAGGGCGCUUAUCGAAGGCAGGGAAGUGAUUGUCUCUUAUUCCCUGAGGGAAUCGAAUGUGGUGGUUGACGGUCUCGCGCGGAAGGGCAAAAACAGCCAGUCCCAUCAUCUCUUCCGAGCUUCUUCUGAUCUGCCCCCCGUAAUCAGAGGAUUGAUCAUCUUGGAUCGAGCAGGUUUAGGAUACUUGAGAGGGGUUUAG